GAGAGAGAGCGAGAGGGAGAGGGAGGGAGAAACAGAGGCUACCCGGCGGAGGAGGUGGUUGUAGCAGCCGGAGUAACGGAGAGGAGAGACGGAGCUCCGUGUAUUACCAUGCCGAGAUUUGGACUUUAUGAACUACAUGAAAAGCCUCCAAGCCUUUGAGCCCGGCGACAGUAGAGGUGGAUGUGUGAAGAUCACGGUACGAUAAUGGGGAAGCACUUGGUUUCACUGCUGGCGCUGCUCCUGCAGCUGCUCUGUGGCUGCGCAGGGAACCAGAGGACGGUGAGGGAGGCCUCCAUGCAGUUCACCCACUCAGUUUACAACGCCUCCAUAUACGAGAACUCUGCUGCUAAGACUUAUUUGGAGAGUCAUGUCAAGAUGGGGAUCUACAUCACUGACCCAGCCUGGGAGGUACGGUACAAAAUCCUCUCUGGAGACAAUGAGAACUUAUUCAAGGCUGAGGACUACCUGCUGGGAGACUACAGUUUUUUGCGAAUAAGGACCAAAGGAGGCAGCACUAGCAUUCUGAACCGGGAGGUUAAAGACCACUACGUUCUGACUGUCAAAGCUUCAGACAGGAACACCAACAUUGAGUGUCGCACUAGAGUUUUGGUGCAGGUACUGGACACCAAUGAUCUGAGGCCCCUCUUCUCACCAACAUCCUACAGUGUCUCUCUGCCGGAGAACACGUCCAUACGUACGAGUGUGGCCAAGGUCACGGCGACUGAUGCCGACAUCGGUACGAACGGAGAGUACUACUAUAGUUUCCGAGAGUGGACGGACAUGUUUGCAGUUCAUCCUACGAGCGGCGUGGUGACACUGACCGGCAAGCUGGACUACUCUGAGACCAAGCUGUUCGAUCUGGAGAUCCUGGCGGUGGACAGAGGGAUGAAGCUCUACGGCAGCAGCGGCUUCAGCAGCAUGGCGAAGCUCACAGUGAGGGUGGAGCAGGCCAACGAGCACGCCCCUGUCAUCACUGCAGUGACCCUAGCCCCCUCUGAUACAGACCACGACCCGACCUUUGCUAUCGUUACGGUGGAGGACAGUGACCAGGGACCAAAUGGAGAGAUAGCAUCUUUGAGUAUCGUGGCUGGCGACCCUCUCCAGCAGUUUAAGGCUGUGAGAAGCAGCCCCGGCAGCAAAGAGUACAAAAUCAAAGCGGUCAAAGACGUGGACUGGGACAGCCAGCCUUUUGGAUACAACCUCACUUUACAGGCAAAGGACAAAGGCAGCCCACCUCAAUUCUCAUCCGCUAAACUGGUGCAUGUCACGUCUGCACAAUUCAAAGUGGGUCCUCCUGUAUUUGAAAUGGCCGUUUACAGAGUGAAUCUGAGUGAAUUCGCCCCUCUUCACACACCUGUCACUAUGGUCACAGCGGUGCCAAAGUACCCACAGAUAAAAUAUGCUUUUAGACACAAAUCUGACAAGAGCAGAUUUACCAUCAACCCAGAUACCGGCUUAAUCAGCACAGCUGGACCGAUCAAUGCUGACGUAGCCCCCCGAUUUGAACUGGAAGUGAUCACCAGUGACUCAAAAGCAGCAGCAAGAGUCAUCGUUGACGUGAUUGAUGUGAACAACAACGCACCCGAGUUCCAGCAGACGUCUUACGAUGCCAUCGUGGAUGAGAACGUGCCCAUAGGGACCAGUGUGGUAACUGUUAAAGCCACUGACGUAGACAGAGGUGAGAAUGGCUAUGUCACCUACAGCAUUACCAACGUCAGCCCUCAACCGUUUGUCAUCGACUACUUCUCCGGUGUCAUCAGCACCUCAGAAGUCCUAAAUUAUGAGCUCAUGCCCAGGAUUUACAAUCUCCGAGUCAGGGCUUCGGACUGGGGAUCCCCUUUCCGCAGAGAGGUGGAGGCAUCCGUCAAAAUAACAUUAAACAACCUGAACGACAACAAGCCCCUGUUUGAAAAUGUGGACUGUGAAGUGACUGUGCCGAGAGACCACGGCGUGGGAGAGCAGAUAACAACAGUGUCUGCCAUCGAUGCUGACGAGCUGCAGCUUGUACGGUACAAAAUGAAAGGUGGGAAUGAUCUCGAUCUGUUCGAGCUGAACCCGAGCUCCGGCAUGCUGUCCCUGAAGCACACGCUGAGCGAGGGAGAGGCAGCUAAAGUGUCCUUCCAUAGUUUACAAAUCAUCGCGACCGACGGAGAGCAUGAGACUCGGCCGAUGCUCAUGAACAUAACGGUUAUCACGGCUCGCAAGCCCGUCCAGUUGAAGUGUGUCGAAACUGGCGUGGCCACCAUGUUGGCUGAAAAGCUACUGUCGGGCAGCAAAAUCCACACUCAACCCGAGCCGGAGGACAACUUCAUGGAUGUUCACUCGGUCAACAGGUACACUCCCCAGUUUGCAGAAUCCUUCCCCAGUGUGAUCGACGUGAAGGAGGACCUCCCCGUCGGGGCUCGGAUCGUCCACUUGAGUGCCACGGACUCAGACAGCGGCUUCAAUGGGAAACUAGUGUACGUUAUCUCAGGCGGAGACACUGAGAGCCGUUUCAUAGUAGAUAUGGAAACUGGUUGGCUUUUGGUUUAUUCUCCGCUCGACAGAGAAAUGACAGACCAUUACACCCUCAACAUUACAGUUUACGAUCUCGGCAUACCACAGAAAUCCUCUUCACGCCUUCUGGAUGUUAAGAUUCUCGACGCCAACGAUAAUAGCCCCCAAUUUUUGCAAAAUUCCUACUCUGUUGAAAUAAGCGAGAGCACACCUGUCGGGACAGAAAUUAUCCAGGUGGACUCGACAGACAAGGAUCAGGGAGAUAAUGGAGUUGUCGAGUAUUCGAUUUUUGGAGGCACAGAUGAUUUUGCGAUCAAUAAAGCCACUGGUGUGGUGACUGUGAUGAAGCCGCUGGAUCGGGAGCUCCAUCCGGUUUAUGUCCUGAAGAUUACAGCUCAUGACCAGGCAGUGAAUGAGCCACAGCUAGUGUCCACUGUGGCUCUUAAAAUCACUUUGGAAGACGUGAAUGAUAAUCCACCUAAAUUUAUCCCCCCUAAUUACCGCGUGAAGGUGAGGGAAGACCUUCCCAUCGGUACCAUAGUCAUGUGGCUGGAGGCUCACGACCCAGAUAUUGGACCUUCCAGUCAGGUACGAUACAGCCUCAUUGACAACGUGGACGGGCAUUUCGAAGUCGACAAACUCAGUGGUGCUGUGCGGAUUGUCCAAAACCUCGAUUACGAAACCAAACAGGUGUACAACCUGACGGCAAAGGCUAAAGACAAAGGGAAGCCCAUAUCCCUGUCAUCCACCUGCUUCAUCGAGGUGGAUGUGGUGGACGUGAAUGAGAAUCUGAACAGACCUCAGUUCCGGUCAUUUGUGGAGAAGGGAUUUAUAAAAGAGGAUGCUCUUGUCGGGACUUCGGUGAUGACUGUGACAGCUGAGGACGAAGACGGGGGACGAGAUGGAGAGAUCCGAUACUCCAUACGAGAUGGAUCCGGCCUGGGGAUAUUCACCAUCGAUGAGGAAACUGGUGUUAUCCGCACACAAGAGCUGCUCGAUCACGAAACCAAGUCUCACUACUGGCUCACGGUCUACGCCAUGGACCGGGGCGUGGUGCCGCACUCCGCCUUCGUGGAGGUGUACAUCCAAGUGCAGGACGUCAACGACAAUGCACCGCAGACAUCAGAGCCCGUCUACUACCCGUCUGUCAUGGAGAGCUCGCCGAAGGACGUGUCAAUCAUCAAGAUAAACGCGGUGGAUCCGGACGACAAGGCCAGUGAUAAACUCACCUACAGGAUCACGAGUGGCAACCCCCAGGGAUUCUUUGCCAUCAACCUCAAGACAGGUCUGGUCUCAACCACGUCGAGGAAACUGGACAGGGAACAACAAGACGAGCACAUUCUUGAGGUCACCAUCACCGACCAGGGCGUUCCCGCUAGGUCCACCACGGUCCGCGUCAUCGUCCGAGUCCUUGACGAGAACGACAACCGGCCGAUGUUCCUGGAGAAGAUCUACAAGAUCCAGCUUCCUGAGCGGGAGAGGCCGGAGAGGGAGAGAAACACCAAGAGGGACCCGGUGUAUCGGGUCAUCGCUUCAGACCGUGACGAGGGGCCGAACGCUGAAAUCUCCUACAGCAUCGAGGAGGGAGACGAGCACGGGAAGUUCUUCAUCGAGCCCAAGACCGGCCUGGUGUCUUCCAAGAAGUUCUCCUCUGCCGGAGAAUACGACAUCCUCACCAUUAAAGCUGUCGACAAUGGCCGCCCUCAGAAAUCCUCCACUUGUCGCCUGCACAUCGAGUGGAUCCCGAAACCAGUGGUGUCGGCCGACGCAGCUCCCCUGGUCUUUGAGGAGUCCCCCUUCACUUUCUCUGUGAUGGAGAGCGACCCUGUGGCGCACAUGGUUGGCGUCGUGGCCACGGAAUCCUCUGAUGUUCCCGUGUGGUUCGAGAUCACAGGUGGUAAUUAUGACAGCCGCUUUGACGUGGGCAAGGCCAGUGGAACCUUGAUCGUAGCACGGACCCUGGACGCCGAGCAGAAAUCAAAUUACAACCUAACGGUGGAAGCCACAGAUGGGACACGAACUGUCAGCACCCAGGUGCUCAUCCGUGUCAUCGACACCAACAACCACCGGCCUCAGUUCUCGCAGGAGACGUACUUCGUGAACGUCCCUGAAGACAAACCCACGGGGAGCGAGGUCAUGCAGAUCAGCGCCACCGACAGAGACGAGAAGAACAAACUAACCUUUACGCUCCUGAGCAGCACCGAUCCGUUCAGCCUGAGGAAGUUCAGACUCGACCCGGGAACGGGGACUCUGUACACCGCUGAGCCCCUGGACCACGAGACGAUGCAUCAUCACAUCCUCACUGUCAUGGUUCGAGACCAGGACAUCCCAGUAAAGAGGAACCUCGUGCGUGUGAUCGUCAACGUGGAGGACUCCAAUGACAAUGCACCCUGGUUUAUAGGCGCGCCUUACACCGGUCGCGUGUUCGAGUCCGCUGCCGUCGGCUCUGCGGCGCUUCAGGUCUCGGCUCUAGACAAAGACAAGGGCCACAAUGCAGAGAUCGCCUACAGCAUCGAAUCAGGAAAUGUUGCAAAUUCCUUGGCCAUCGACCCUGUUCUUGGAACAAUCACAGUCGCCAAAGAGCUCGAUCGCCGCAGCCAGACCCAGUUUGAACUGACUGUUAAGGCGUCUGAUAAUGGAUUACCUCCCCUGUCAGCUACAGCCACCGUACAUAUUGUGGUCACAGUUUCUGAUAAUGCAGCUCCCAGAUUCACGGAGAAGGAGUUCUCUGCAGAGAUCAGUGAAUCCGCUCAUCCGGGACGUUUUGUGAGCUUGGUCUCAGCUGUCAGCCAGUCGUCCAUCUUCUAUCAAAUAAAAGGCGGCAACAUCAACAACGUCUUCAACAUAAACCCCAACUCGGGAGUGGUUGUGACCCAGGGGGCUCUGGAUUACGAGACCACCUCUCAGUACACUCUCAUCAUACAGGGCACCAACAUGGCCGGAAUCGGCAGCAACACAACACUUCAAAUUCAUCUAAAGGACGAGAAUGACAACGCUCCAAUCUUCCGCCAGAGGGAAUUCAAAGGCGUGAUCAGCGAGUCGGCUCCUGUCAACAGCGUCGUCCUCACCCACGAAAACACUCCUUUCGUCAUCCGCGCCUCUGAUGCCGACGGCGACCAGAACGCCAUGCUCAUCUAUCAAAUCGUCGAACCAUAUGCUCACAACUAUUUUGCCAUCGACUCGAGCACCGGAGCCAUCAGGAGCACAACAGCUCUGGAUUAUGAACAGAGGAGGGUUUUCCACUUCACAGUCCAGGUCCAUGAUCUGGGAAUGCCACGCCUGUUUGCAGAGACGGCGGCCAAUGUGACCAUUGAAGUCAUCGAUGUUAACGACUGCCCACCAGUUUUCAGCCAAGAGGUGUAUGAGACCACGGUCAUCGUGCCAACAUACAAAGGGGUGGAAGUCAUUAAAAUCAACGCGACAGACUCGGACUCCGGGCCCAACUCAAAACUUCUCUUCUCCAUCUCUGAGGGUAACAUCGGGGAUAAAUUUAGGAUUGACCCAGUCACAAGCAUAAUCUCUAUUCAGAAUGUCACACAUUUGAGGAGUCGUUAUGAAUUAAAGGUCAGAGUGUCGGAUGGUAGAUUCGCCACUGUCGCAACGGUAAAGAUAAAUGUGAAAGAAAACAAGGAGAGCAAGCUGACGUUCACCAGGGAGUCCUACAACGCCUUUGUCCCAGAAAACUCACGGGAGAAGAAAACUCUCGCAGUCAUUGCCGUUGUGGGGAACCAGGUGAACCAGCCCCUGUUCUUUAAAAUUCUGAACCCAGACAGCAGGUUUGUAAUCAGCCGCACCUCUGGAGUAAUCUCAACCACUGGAAUUCCAUUCGACCGCGAGGCACAGGACACGUUCAUCAUCAUCGUUGAGGUCACCAGAGAGGACCAAUCUGAAGAUGGGGCUCAUGUUGUCGUAACGGUGACAGUGGAGGACGUCAAUGACAACAAACCCAUGUUUGUGAACCUUCCUUAUCAUGCCCUCGUUCAGAUGGAUGCUGAGGUCGGCCAGGUCAUCAGACAGGUCACAGCAGUGGACAAGGACACGGGUUCAAAUGCAGAAGUCAGUUAUUUCCUGAAGGAACAUCAGGAGCACUUUCAAAUUAGCUCCUCCGGUGAAAUUUCCCUCAAAAGCAAAUUUGACCAAGAGUCACUCAACAAAGACUUUGUUAUUGUUGUCAUGGCAAAAGACAAUGGAGAGACAGUGCUCUCAGCUGAAGUAGAUGUGCCAAUAACCGUGGUGAAUAAAGCAAUGCCUAUAUUUGAGAAGCCUUUCUACAGCAUCGAAAUCCCUGAAAACAUUCAGCUUCACACACCGGUGCUUCACGUACAGGCCAACGAUUCAGAGAGUCCUCGUAUCGUGUACACCAUCGCUGAAGGAGAUCCUUUCAAACAGUUCUCCAUCGAUUUCAACACAGGUGUUAUUCACGUGAUUCAGCCACUGGACUUUGAGACCCAUCCUGCUUAUAAGUUAAAUGUACGAGCCACAGACUCUCUGACUGGAGCACAGUCAGAGGUGUUUGUUGACAUCAUUCUGGAAGACGUUAAUGAUAAUGCCCCUGUGUUCCUGUCAAAGUCCUAUUACGGUAAUGUUUCUGAGGCCUCCGUCAUCGGGACCUCAGUUUUGCAAGUUGACGCCAAAGAUUCAGACACCGGCCAUAACCAAGAAGUGUUCUUUCAGUUGGUGGAGGAGAAGGGGAAAAGCUCUGAUUAUUUCACCAUCGAUCGUGACACAGGGACAAUCACGAUAGCCCAAAUGCUUGAUUGUGAGGAAAUCCCGCAGCACAAGUUGCGAGUCCGUGUGGUGGACGGAGGUGUUCCAGCGCUCUCCAGUGAUGUCGUCGUGACCAUAGACGUCAUGGACCUAAAUGACAAUGCUCCCACCUUCACAGAACCCACUUACAAAACUACCAUCAGCGAAUUGGCCCCACGUGGACACUUCAUCACCCAAGUCCAAGCGUCUGAUGCCGACAGCUCAGACUUAAAUAAUUUGGAAUUCUCAAUCUUAUCCGGGAAUGAAGAGCAGAACUUUGCCAUCGACAAGCGCACGGGCGCCAUCGUCAUGUCCAACCACCGGAGGCCCCACAUGCAGCCUGUUUACAACCUCAACAUAUCAGUGUCUGACGGCGUGUUCAGAAGCUCGUGCCUCGUCGUGGUCACAGUUAUCGGUGCCAACUUCCACAACCCCAGCUUCCUGCAGAAUGACUAUGUAGUAGAGCUUGUUGAAAACUCCCCCGCUGGCACCCUGGUAGCAGAGGCGAAGGCAACCGAUGACGAUGACGGCAUUUACGGGCAAAUAACGUACCAGAUCGUCAACGACUUUGCCAAAGACAAGUUUGCCAUAAAUGACAAUGGAGAGAUUUUCAGUCUAGAGAGCCUUGACCGUGAGACUACCAUUGAGAAAGUUAUUCCCAUUUCUCUUGUGGCUAAAGACGGCGGUGGAAAAGUUGGCUUUUGUGUCGUCAAUGUCAUUCUCACAGAUGUCAAUGACAAUGCCCCACAGUUCAGAGGAGCUGAGUACAAAGCCACCAUUGCAUCAGAUGUUCCAAGGGGAACCUCGGUGAUAAAAAUUGCUGCUUCAGACAUGGAUGAGGGAAACAAUGCUGACAUUCAGUAUUCAAUCGAGGCAGAUGUUGAGAAUGUGGAGGAGAAUUUUGAAAUCCACCUGACCUCUGGAGUCAUCGUGACCAAAGAGAGUCUCAUCGGGCUUGAGAAUGAACUUUACGCAUUCUUUGUGAGGGCAAAGGACACAGGGAGUCCAUCCAAACAUUCACUUGUGCAGGUUUACAUCAAGAUCGUCACACCAGAGACCCCAAUUCCCAAAUUUGCUGAACCCCAUUACCGCUACACGAUCGCUGAAGACCUUCCCAUCGGCUCGGAGAUCGAUGUGAUCCAGGCAGAGAGCGAGCAACAGGUCGUCUACAGCCUUGUGAAGGGAAACACUCCCGAGAGCAACGAGGACGAGGUGUUUGUGGUCGACAGAGACAGUGGAGCCUUGAAACUUCAGAAGAGCCUCGACCACGAGACAACCAAAUGGUACCAGCUGGCUUUGAUCGCCCAGACCAAACACGAGAACUACGAGAUAGUUGCAUCAGUAAUCAUCAACAUCCAAGUGAAAGACCUGAAUGAUAACAAGCCCGCCUUUGAGUCGGACCCUUACGAGGCUGUCGUGGUGGAGAACCUUCCAAGCGGGACUCAAGUGAUCCAGGUCAAAGCCACCGACCUCGACUCCGGAACCAACGGCCAUGUGGUCUACAGCCUCGACCCCAAGCAGAACUCGCAGGACAUCUCUGAGCUGUUUGCUGUGAACAGUGAAACCGGAUGGCUGACCACGUUAAAAGAGCUCGACCGCGAAAAGACGAACAAAUACGCAGUUGCCGUCCUGGCCACAGACCAGGGGGACAAGGUCCAACACACCACCGGCACCACGGUGGAGGUAACAGUCGCCGAUGUGAACGACAACGCGCCUCGCUUCACCGCAGGGAUCUACAAAGGCACCGUGAGUGAAGACGACCCCCCCGGUGGCGUGAUCGCCAUCCUCAGCACCACGGAUGAGGAUUCUGAGGACGUCAAUAAACAAGUGAACUACUUCAUCACAGGAGGAGACCUACUCGGCCAAUUUGCCAUCGAGCACAUUCAGAACGAGUGGAAGGUCUCUGUCAGGAAGCCCCUGGACCGUGAAGAGAAGGACAAUUAUCUCCUCAACAUUACCGCCAGUGAUGGCAUCUUCACUGCCAAAGCCACCGUGGAGGUCAAGGUGCUGGAUGCCAACGACAACAGCCCCGUAUGCGAAAAGUCUCUAUACAGUGAGAGCGUCCCAGAGGACUCCCCCGCCGGCCGGCUCAUCCUGCAGGUUUCGGCCACAGACGCGGACAUUCGCUCAAACUCCCAAAUCUUCUUCGAGCUCCAGGGAGUUGGAUCAGAAUUGUUCGUCGUUGACUCCGACACAGGGGAACUGAAGACCUCGCAGCCCCUGGACCGAGAGGAGCAGGACGUGCACAGGUUCAAAGUGCGGGCAGUGGACGGAGGCGGGCGCUACUGCCAGGCCGACAUCCACAUCACUGUGGGGGACGUCAACGACAACCCGCCCCAGUUCUCCUCCGACCCCUACAGCAUCACGGUCUUCGAGAACACGGAGACGGGCACGUAUAUGGCGAAACUGCAGGCCAAUGAUGGUGACACUGGUCUUAACAGCGACAUCCUUUACUCGUUGGUCGAUUCCCUCGAUGGGUAUUUCUCGAUUGACGAGAACACCGGCGUGAUGAGCCUGGAGCGCCCCCUGGACCGCGAGGUGCAGUCGGUGUACGAGCUGAAGGCCCGCGCCACCGACCAGGGUUCUCCACGUCUCUCCUCAUUGUGCCAAGUGGUGAUCUCCGUCCUGGACAUCAACGACAACCCGCCGGUGUUCGAGCACCGGGAGUACACAGCCACGGUGUCGGAGGACGUGGCCGCGGGCACGCAGCUGCUCAGAGUGCAGGCCGCCAGCCGGGACACGGAGGCCACCGGAGAGAUCACGUACAGCAUCAUCAGCGGCAAUGAGCACGGCAUGUUCAGCGUAGAGCCACAUACUGGUGACAUCUUUGUGAUCGAGCCGCUGGACUUCGAGGUCUCCCACGAAUACUACAUCACCAUCGAGGCUACAGACGGAGGCUCCCCCCCGCUCAGCGACAUGGCCACCGUGAACAUCAACCUGACGGACGUCAACGACAACAGACCCGUCUUCAGCCAGGAGACCUACACGGCCGUGGUCAGCGAGGACACGGAGCUGGGAAAGACCGUGAUGGCGGUGGUGGCGGAGGAUCUGGACGGCCCCUCGUUCGAUCAUGUGCGCUUCUCCAUCGUGGAGGGGAACCAAGGCAGCCCCUUCACCAUCGACCCGGUCCGAGGAGAGCUUAAAGUCUCUCGCCAGCUGGACAGAGAGCGGACUUCAGGGUACACGCUGACGGUGGUGGCCUCGGACAACGGGGUGCCCCCCCUUUCCAGCACUGCCAUGAUCAACAUCGACAUCUCCGACGUCAACGACAACCCGCCCCUUUUCUCCCAGGCCAACUACAGCCUCAUUAUCCAGGAGAAUCGACCAAAAGGCACGAGUGUUCUUCAGCUCACUGUAACCGACCGGGACGCGUCCCACAACGGCCCACCUUUCACCUUUGCCAUCGUGGACGGGGACGAGGGCUCCGCGUUCCACAUCAACCAGCAGGGAGCUCUAGUAGCUGUGGGGGCGCUGGACAGGAAAAGCAAUGAGCACUACCUACUUCAAGCACAGGUGUCGGACAGCGGAAAGCCUCCGCUCUUCUCCACCGCCUUCAUCAGCGUGCGCAUCAUCGAGGAGAGCGUCUACCCUCCGGCCAUCCUCCCUCUGGACAUCUUCAUCUCCACCGCCGGCGAUGAAUACGCUGGAGGCGUCCUGGGCAAGAUCCACGCCACGGACCAGGACGUCUACGACACCCUCACCUACAGCCUCGCCCCUUCAUCCUCCUCCUCUUCCUCCGCCGAGGAGAGCGGCGCCUCGUUUUCGGUCUCCGCCUCUGACGGGAAAGUGAUCGCCCUGAAGUCGCUGGACGUGGGUCACUACUCGCUCAACGUGACGGUGACUGACGGACGCUUCACCGCGGCCGCCGAUGUCAACGUGCACGUUCGGCAGGUGGGCGGUCAGGCCCUCAACAACUCCAUCGCCGUGCGCUUUGCAAACAUUGCUCCGGAGGAGUUUAUCGGGGACUACUGGCGCAACUUCCAGCGAGCCCUGAGGAACAUCGCCGGGGUGAGGAGGAGCGAGGUGCAGCUGGUGAGCCUGCAGCCGUCAGAGCAAGACCUGGAUGUGCUGCUGACUCUGGAGAGGUCCGGAAGCCCCUACCAGUCUCAGGAGGUGGUUUUCCGUAAGCUGAACUCCUCUGCUGCCGUCAUCGAGGAGAUGACGGGGGUGCGCAUCGUGCGGGUGGUGCAGAAGCUGUGCGCCGGCCUCGACUGCCCGCUGCGCUUCUGUGACGAGGUCGUCUCCCUGGACAAAACCUCCAUGUCCACGUACAGCACGGCCCGCCUCAGCUUCGUCACCCCGCGGCACCAGAGGACGGCCACCUGCCAGUGUGACGGUGGCAAAUGUCCUGUGGUGAACAACCUGUGCGAUAACAACCCCUGUCCCGAGGGGAUGGAGUGCGUGGCCGAUCCCAGAGCCACCAUGUACAGCUGUGUGUGUCCAGAGGGCAACAAGGGCAAAUGCUCAGACGGCCACUCGCUGACGUUCGGCGGCGAGAGCUACGUGAAGUAUCACCUGAUGGAGAACGAGAACAAGGAGCUGAUGAAGCUGUCUGUGAGGCUGAGGACCUUCUCCAGCCACGCCACCGUCAUGUACGCUAAAGGGACGGACUACAGCAUCCUGGAGAUCGUGAACGGUCGCCUGCAGUACAAGUUCGACUGCGGCAGCGGGCCCGGCCUGGUGUCGGUCCACAGCGCUCAGGUCAACGACGGCGAGUGGCACACCGUCUCGCUGGAGGUGGACGGCAACUACGCCAAGCUGGUGCUGGACCGCGUGCACGCCGCCUCGGGCACGGCGCCGGGCACCCUGCGCACCCUCAACCUGGACAACAGCAUCUACUUCGGCGGCCACGUGCGCCCGCUCAUCUCCACCCGCCACGGACGCAGCCUGCCCGUCACCAACGGCUUCCGCGGCUGCAUGGAGGCGCUCACCCUGAACGGCCUGGAGCUGCCCCUCAACACCAAAGCCGUGCGGGCCCACGCCGUGCUGGAGGACAUCGUGGACGUGGCCCCGGGCUGCGCGCACGCACCUGCCGGGACUUGCUCCAGCAACCCCUGCACCAACGGAGGGAGCUGCACCUCGCUGCCUAAUGGAGGCUACUUCUGUAAGUGUCCGGCCUCCUUCGCGGGCACCCACUGUCAGGUCGGCAUCAGCCCGUGUGCCUCCAACCCCUGCCUGUACGGAGGCACCUGCGUCCCCCGGGCGGACGACUUCUACUGCCAGUGCAGAGGACAGUACUCAGGACAGAGGUGCCAGCUGGGGCCGUACUGCAGAGACAACCCCUGUCAGAACAGUGGGAAGUGCAUCGACAGCCUGGACGGUCCAGUGUGCGAGUGUGAGGCCGGAUUCCAGGGAGACAGGUGCCUGAGUGAUGUGGACGAGUGCAUCAAGAACCCCUGUGUGAACGGGGGCCAGUGCCAGAACAGCUACGGCUCCUACAAGUGCAACUGCUCUGUGGGCUUCAGCGGGCCGAUGUGUGAGCUGCCCGCCGCGGUCCGCAACGACUUCGUCUCCACCUCCUGGAACAUCGGCCUGGAGGAGGUGAUCGGCAUCGUGGUGUUCGUCUCCAGCAUCUUCAUCCUGGUCCUCCUCUUCAUCAUCAUCCGCAAGAGGGCCUGCCGCAGGAAGUCCAAGUCCGGCAGCGACGACAAGCACGGCGGCGGCUCCAACGUGCCGCACUCCUUCCUGCAGCGGCCGUACUUUGACACCAAGCACAAGAACUUCUACUCCGACAUCCCGCCCCAGGUCCCGGUGCGGCCCAUCUCCUACACCCCCAGCAUCCCCAGCGACUCGCGCAACAACCUGGACAGGAACUCGUUCGAGGGCUCGGCCAUCCCGGAGCACCCCGAGUUCAGCACCUUCAACCCGGACUCGGUGCACGGCCACCGCAAGACCGUGGCCGUGUGCAGCGUGGCGCCCAACCUCCCUCCCCCCCCGCCCUCCAACUCGGUGUCGGACAGCGACUCCAUCCAGAAGCCCAACUGGGACUAUGACUAUGAUUCCAAAGUGGUGGACCUGGAUCCGUGCCUGACCAAGAAGCCUGUGGAGGACAGCGCAUGUCACCCUUACAACACCAGGGGGAGCAUGUCUGAGGUCCAGUCCCUCAGCUCCUUCCAGUCGGAGUCCUGCGACGACAACGAGUCUUUCUUGGCUCAUGAUCUCAAGAACCCAAGAGGAUAUCACUGGGACACAUCUGAUUGGAUGCCAAGUGUUCAACUUCCUGGAAUCCAGGAGUUUCCACAGUAUGAGGUUGUGGAGUCGCCCGCCCCUCUGUACAGUGACCCGAGUGCCAUCGACACCGACUACUACCCCGGCGGCUUCGACAUUGAGAGCGAUUUCCCUCCUCCGCCAGAGGACUUCCCUUCCAAUGACGACCUGCCGCCGCCGCCUCUGCCAGAGUUCGCCGACCGCUGCGACACACUGCGGCCCCCGGGCAGAGACCUGGACCCGGCUGGGGGGGGCACCGGCGGCUCGGGCGGGGUCCGCCAGCGCCCGGCCAUGCCUCAUCUCUACAGCCUUAACCAGUACCUACCGCAGCACUCCUAUCCAAGCGACGGGGGUGACACCGAGGGCCAAGGGGCCAGCUCCGCCAACACCACCCCUGCUUCUACCUUGGGCAACAGUGGCUACAGAGGGGGCUACCCUUUAGGUUGUAGUCUGGACUUUGACUCCUCCGCUAUGGACAACAUGUCCUUGUCUCUGUACACGUCCACAGCCUCCUGCUCGGACAUGUCGGCGUGCUGCGAGGAGUCCGAGGCGAUGAUAAGCGACUACGAGAGUGGCGACGAGGGCCACUUCGAGCGGCUGGCCAUCCCGGCGCUGGACUCCCAGCAGCACACUGAAGUCUGACACUGGAUCCAAACAAAAGUGCCUGAACCCACAGCUACACCUUACGUCAGCCCGUCACACAAGACCCACACAAACCCACGCACAGUAUGUGAACACAACACAACACCACACACACAUACAUGUACGCACACAUUGAAUUGAGUCACACACAGGGGUUGUUGAGACUGGUUGUGAGCCCCCCCCCCCCCCCCAUCCCCUUUGAGUUCUGGCGGUGCUGUUACUUUAAGUGACUGUCAUCUCACACAGGAAGUAGAUUGUUGGAAAAAUCAAUGAUUCAACGCACGACAGGAUAAAAACAUGGUGGAAAUAAAAAAAUAAUAAUAAUAAUUUACCACAACAUCUGUGUUUCUAUAAAUAAAACCAAGCAAACUGUUUUUAUACAAGUCCUCAAUUUCAAUGUAAAUUUCAAUGUACAGUUUUGAUUUCAAAGUUUACUAGGUUUUGUAGAUAUUCUAUGCUUUUAUUUUCAGAAAAAAAAAGAAGAUGAGUUAAAUGGUGUGUCAUUAUCAGCCUUACUGUGCUUACAUUCACUAGAGAUGAAAAAAAAUAAAAUAAGAAACGUUAAAAGAAGAGAGAGAGAAGAGCGUGGCUUUCCCGCACACCGUGUACUCGUAACGUUUAUCGUCUCCUGCUCAUUUCAAAAAGGGUCCUCAGUGAACGACUGCAUAUUCUCGUGUUGUUGGUUUUUUCUUUUUUUAAAUGUCUGUUUGUAAAUUUUGACUUUGGAACCUCUUUAUUUUUCCACCAAGAAAAUGGGACCCAAUAUAUUUAUAGUGCAGAGUUAUCCGUGGACGCGUGACUUUCUCAGGUGUCCACGUGUGUGUGAGCAAUGCUAUAUGGUCUUGUUAAGGUUUUUAUUGAAUACUGCCACAAGCUCACGCUUUCCUACUGGCAAUAAAUUAUUCCUAAAAAAUAUUUCUGCCGUCUUCUUAUUUCCGGAGCGUGCUCAUGAAUAGAAACACGGUGAUGUAUUAAAUGUAAUAUCCUGGUGUUACUUGUGCAGAAAAACAUUAAAUCUUAACAAUGAAAGUCAGAGAGAUUUUAUUACAAACUUUUUGAAAGUUUACUUCUUUUUUUUUGUUUCAAUCAAUCAACUUUGAUCUGAGUCCGACUUGUGUAAUUGUAAGUAAACAUUUUGACAAUA